AUGUCUCCAUCGCCAAGCCCAGUUCCAUCAGCUAAUUCGAAUACUAGGGAUGUUCAAAAUCCAGUGAAUCAGCCAAAGUUAGAUAUAUGUGACAUGGUGUCUGAUAAGUGCCACAUUGCAGGAUACAAAAUCACAGCAUGUGUUCCUUCUCUUGGAAAAGAUGGAUCCUCAACCUAUGCCAGUGUUGUAGUAGGACAAAUUGGCAAAGGUCUAACACUACCAGUUGGUACUAGUCCCCAAGACGUUCUGUACUGUUAUUCAAGUGUAGCGUCUUCGUUAAAGUGCGCUUCCCUUUUUCAACGUCAAAACAGUUCGAAAUUAUCUGUCUUCAUUGCAGGGUCUGGAGGAUCAUACAUGCUUCUUCUGAAUGAUUUUGAGAGCUCCCUUAAGCUAAAUAUUGCUGUUCGUCCCAUGAACGAAAUACUGGAAAAUAUAGAAAUUCCGGCACACCAAGUGAAGGAGGUAAAUUUGCCCCAAAAUAUAGUAGGAAUCUCUUCGAUUUCCUUAAGUACUGGAAACGGCAAUUGUGUGAUUCAUGUAGGAGAUGCAGGAUCAGAAGGUUUUUAUACCAAAUAUUUCACGCCAAUCAGUGGAGCAUACCUAUUGUUUGCUACAGGUUUGCUUAUAGCAGGGAUAUGGGCAUGCCGCAAGUUGGGGAAAAGGGGACGACAUCUUGAUGGAGUCCCAUAUCGAGGACUUGAAAUGGGGAAGAAAGACUCUAAUUCUUCCACGAGCGUUGGAACAGCUGUACAUUGGGAUCAAAGUUGGAAUGAGGAUUGGGAUGAAGAGAAGGCAAUGAAAUCACCACAAGGAAGUCAUUUAGGAAAAAGAUUGCGGAAUGGUUCCACUCUGAGGUACAUAGACACCGAUUAAUGGGGAAAUGAUUGGGAUGAUUACGUAAGGAACAUAUACGUCCUCCGUCAUCCUCUUGAAGCUGACAAAAGACAAUAUUAGCGUGUUCAGUAGGAAGGAUUCGAUAGUUAGCACUAGACUUUACUAGGAUAGAAAAGAAGUUAAAAGUAUUGCAUAUUAUUCUGCCAAGUCCUAACAAUACCGAGUACGAAAAGGUAGAUAACUGAUGCAGAAAAUUAAGAUUCUUGCCUUGAAUAAACACAAUUAUGCUGUGCCUGCUGAUGAAAAAGCUGUGCACGAAAAAUUUUGCUGUAUGUAACGCAAGAUCUUUUCGGAUUUCUUAUAUGUAGAGGUUGCCUCUCCCUUCACUGCUAAAAUUCUCAUUGUUCCAGAAAGAAAGGCAUUGUAGAAGAUUAGGACUUUACUACUGUCCAAAACACUGCUGGGAAACUGGUUCAGCAUACUCAGUACAUUAGAGGUUUAUUUCUAUUUUACAA